AUGAAGCACGACGGUCGAAUCGAUGAGUGCAUUGAGAGUAUGGCAUUCACUGAGCGUCUAUCAGAUCGAUGGAUUGCGCCAUUUAUCCACCUACAGUCUUUCUUGGCGACAAUGGAUGAAGUUUACGCUUCGAUGCAAGCAAGCGGUGGAAGGGCGCUCGUUCAAAUUACGCGCGGCUCUCUGCAGCGGCAAUUUGAUACGGUGAGGGCAUCUGUAGAAAAAGAUCUCGCGAGCUGCCCUUCGUCAACAGCUCUUCGGGAGGAACUCUGGCUUGCAGAGCCUGCCAGUGCAGUCCGAACAACCAUGCUGAUGGGUAUAAUUCACCGAAGCAAGGAGCUCAUUCAGACGAUCACGAACCUAUCGGUGUCGGAGAUUGCCCAAAUGGCAAUAACUACAAGUGCUCGUAUAUGUGCCACGGUAGGCUACAUGUCCACUGCAGUAUUGACCCUUCUCAAUCUUAGUACUGGCCUCACCAACUCUGCUAGGGAAGCCCAGGUGCAGGCCGUUGUUGAUGCAGCAGACUAUCCUAAUCUUGUCACAGAACUUGCCAGCGCACUGGAGACAAAAUUUGAGGGAAUGUCUGCUGCAGACAAAGAGAUGGACGUUGUGGGGAGCCUUUGCUCUAAAAUGCGGCUGCUAGCACGUUGUUAUCCAUAUCAAAUCCGCGCAAUUGUUGGAAGUGCGCCGUCCCAAGACGCAAGGCAGGAUACGUCCAUGAUGGUAGUUCAUGCCAAUGAGGCUGCUAUGACACCCCAAGUCUGGCCGUCUAUCUACGGCGAUAUGAGCGACAUAUUUCCUGUGGAUGACAUGCAGUGGGAUUCACUCUUGAGCAAUUUCACAGGUUUUAGCUAG